AUGGCCGCCGUGAAGUACCUCAUAAAGGUGGAAGUUCACGAGGUGAAGGAGGUGGUCUUCAAGGAUCCGAGUUCCGAGGUUGACAUCAUCCCCAACCUGUACUGCCUGGUGACGGUUGGCAACACGCAGUACUCUACGAUACAGAAGAACCAGGCGUCUAACGCGGUUUUCAACGCUUCCUUCAACUUCACUCUUGACCUGACGCCCACUGAGCUGAGCAGAACUCGGAUUAUUGUAUCCCUCCACCACAAAUAUCGCAUACAGAGUGCGCUCAUCGGAUUGCAUGCGUUCGGGCUGCAUUACAUUUACUCGAAGCAGCAGCACUGCAUUCAUCGUUCCUGGGCGAGAGUCCUCUGCCCUGACUUCCCGGGUCACAACGCGGGGUUGUUGCUGACUUCUGUGGGUGUCUUUGGACCGGGAGAUAAUGUGCCGUUGUUCAAGGAGGGUGUGGGAGGCACCCGCCCUACGGGUGCCAUCAUUGCCGCUGCGGACGUCGGGCAGGGCGGCGCUCGCAAUCUGCGUUCGCCCGAAAUAGCGUCGAAGUUCUACGUCCUGAACCUCAACGUCAUAUGCGGCCGCGAUUUCAUGUCGCGGGGCUCUCUCUUAUCGACAUGCUUGGAGCCCUUCGUGAGAGUUUGUCACGGUGGACUCCAGGUCCAGACCCCCGUGAUAAAGGACAACCCAAACCCCGAGUGGCAGUCGACGCUUUACAUGCCCUGUUUAACGCCCUCUUUCGACGACCUGUUGACGGUGGAGAUAUGGAAUGGGGAGUCUAACAGUGUGCUGCUCCACUGCGAGUCCAUUGACGUGAAGUACCUCUUCAACAAUGACUACCCUCCGAGAUGGGUCAACAUAUACUGCAAUAACGCAUCAACGUCAGGGCUACUCGAUUUAGUGAAGACGUACGUGGUUGGCUCCAACGAAUGUCUGACUGAUUAUGGUGGACGCGUUUUGAUCAGCGCAUCGGCUACGCAGGUCCAGGUGCCGCCUGUGGUGGGCAUCAAGCCCUUCAAGCAGAUUUCCGCGCCUCCGACUCAGAAGCGCAUCGUGUGGAUUGACAUCUAUGAGGUGGUGCCUCUUGCCAACUCGACGGUGCCAAUAGAGGUGGUUGUCUGUUUGGGCCCCUACUCCGUGCGGACCGCGGUGUUGAGACUGGGCGCAAAUGGCACCUACAAAGUGGACGACACUGUAGGCAGAUUGGCGCCCAUGGAGCCUCUUGUGUCAGGUUUGAAUUCGUCCCGUAGUCGUCAGUUUUUCGUAGGUAGCAACGACUCCGACUUCUGGGAUUUCUUCGUUUACGUUAACGACCGUUCGGAAUGGGGAAUCACGGAACAACCGCGAGUGGCCUGGAAACGCAUAUCGUACGACCUAAUUCGGCGUUCACAGGGAAAACCGAUGUGGUUUUUGAUGCCAAGCGUGGCUGACCCGCGCAUUGAUGCCUUCAACAUGCUUAUGUCCAUUGAGGUGAUUGGUGACGAAGUCGAGCAACGCCCAGGUCGAUUCGAAUACACGUUGUCCAAGUACGUGUUUCGGGCGAUGAUAUACGAGGCAUUGAAUAUCCCGUGCCUUGGCAUGGCGGGGUUCCCAGAUUCCUUCGUGGAGAUAGAGCUCGGUGGGUUCCACAUCCGAACCCAGGUGGCCAGAGGCACCUUGUGCCCCUCGUUUUACGAGGCUACGGAGGUGGAGGUUUUGCUUCCUUCCAACCUCGUGCUGGCGCCCGAUGUGACCAUCAACAUUUACGCUGAGCCAACGUCGAUGUUUGCUUCGCGCGAGCUGUUGUGUAACGGCCACUUCAGUCUCACGAAGGUUCCCAAGGAGUGGCGCAAGGCGCCUCAGUGGGUCCAGCUGAAGUCCACAAAGAACGAUCUGCAUCACCCCUGUGUGCUAGUUGCGUUUGAGUUGGUCCCGACUGACAUUUUAUUGAAGGAUCCGGACCUGUACCCGUUUUUCGACGACAUUCGCCCGUCCAAAAUCGCGUCACUGGUCUCGUUGCUUCUCAUCGGAGUGCGCGCCUUUAGACCGCUCAAUCGGCCUCGCGUGUUGAUCCGUUUCGGAAGCCGUGACAACCCGAUCUACAAGUCCUCCAGUGGCAACCCCGUUUCCGGUUCCGAGGGGAACUGGAACUACCUGACUACUCACAGCCUCAUGGUUGACCUCCCGAAACGCAUGCAGCACCACUGCUACAUCGAGUUUGUGGUCAUCACCGGCGACAAUGAGUGCUUCGGCGUGACGUACGUUAGCCUCAACGCGUUUCUGCCGUGGCUAACACACGAGGAGCGCCUUCACUCCAAGGAUAUCUUCAAGAUGCAGGUGCUCGAAGAUUUUCUGUCGACCGGGGAGCAGACCCACAUCGAUGAAUCGAAGAACGAGAGCGGCUCCUCGAAGUCGGUUGUGCGGGAAGACAUCGAAUCGCAGAACGUGAAGAUCUACGAAACCUUCGAUUUUGUCUCGCUGCAGCGCGCCGGCGAGUCGCGUGACGGCGAGGAGUUCCGCAACGACUUCGACAUCGCCGUGGUGGAGGAUGACGAACCCGACGAUUUGCAGCGUGACGAGAUCCCCUACGAGAUGGAAUGUGAUUUCGCGCUGGAGGACCUUCCCUAUAUGAAGGCCCCGAUUGUGCAGUGCACCCCAGCGGGCGUGCCGGAAACUGUGGGCGUCCUCAAAUACAUGUGCAGCGUGGAUGCCAACGACAACAAGGACGUCCGCCGGGAGGCCGCUGCGAAGAUGGCCGAGCGCCGUCAGAAGUUGGUUGACCUGUACGCCAAGGCAAAAGAGCUCGUUGUGCGCCUCUACGUGCUCCAGGCCAAGGGGCUCUACACGAGCAGCGGCCAUAGCAACAUCCCGACGUAUCUGUGGGUCCGGAAUUCCGAUGGAGAGCAGAAAUCGUCGCUGAGCUACCCCCAGAACAUACGAGAUACCACCAUCCGCGCUCAGGGUGUGAAACCGGUGUUUAACGUCUGUUUCAACUUGGGUUGCGCCUUACCCGAAAACUCAAUUCUCAAAAUCAGCGUCGUAGAGCAGGGGACCAUCCAGGAUGAGGUGAUCGGCACCACCUUUGUGGACUGCGAAGAUCGCUUCCUGAACCAGAAGAUGCAGCAGCUCAUGGUGCAAGAUAUUGUGCCCAUAGAGCUCCGCACUUUGAAAAACGAGGACUCCACGGUUUCUCACGGAACGCUGCGUUGCUGGAUUGAGAUGAUGGACCUGGAUACUGCGCAGACGAAACCCAUCCGCACGCUGGGUGGCAUGGAGCAGUCGGACUACGAACUCCGUGUUGUUAUAUGGGACCUGCGUGGUGUUCCUCUGGAUGGGAACUCGGCACUGUCGCUAUUCGUUCGUGGCACAUACCAGGUCGAGGAGGGUGAGGACCUCGUUGAGGAAACUGACACGCAUUACAAUAGUCGCGACGGAACCGCCGUCUUCAACUGGCGGUUCAAGUAUCCGAUUCGGAUACCCAGCGACUAUUCGUUACUGAAACUCCAGAUUUGUUCUUCGAACUUGUUGGGUGGCAACGAGCUGAUAGGGGAGAGCGCAAUUGACCUGCGUCAGGACUACUCAAGAAUCCGGAAGAAGGUUGGUCCGUACCACUGCAAGAAGUUUUGGCUGGACUGCCUGCACCCGUCUUUCGGAUCCCAGUCGAGGGGGCAAAUAGGGAUUGAGUUUUCGGUGCUGUCGGAUUCGGAGGCCAAGCUGUUCGCGGUUGGCAAGGGGCGCGAGGCGCCUAACAAGGACCCCUUCCUGCCAAACGUGCUGGAGAACCGCACGUACCUGGACUGGCAAGAAAUAAAGGCAACCAUAAACAACGCAUCGGGGGCAAUUAUGUCAGGGUUGAAGUGGACCGGGAUGUUCAUCACGAUUGCCUUUGUUUUCGCAUCUCUGUUGCUCAUUUUGGUCGCCAUCAAAUGA